UCAAAACAGUUCUAGGGACGAUUAAAAAUAUUAAAUCACUGCUGAUUGCCUCUGAUAAGCAGCUUAAUUUAAAUGAAAUGAACAUAUCAGGAAAAUCACAGUGCUUGUUGAAAAUUGGUGCUGUGAAAAACUCAGAAUGAAAGUCUUCAUAUUACUAGCGAUAGUCGCGGCGGCGACCGCCUCCAGCGUGCAGGUUGUGGAGAGCAAUGGCUUCCAGAGGAUUACCGUGAAGCCUAGCCAUUCCAGUACGGCCAAGCCGCCCAGGUCCGUCGAUGUAGCGCCGAGUAAAAUUCAAGUGGUAGAGGCAGCCCUGCCUGUGCCUGACGAACUCUCCGGAAGGAUCACCGUAAAGCCGAGCCACUCCAGUACGGCCAAGCCGCCCAGGUCCGUCGAUGCAGCGCCGAGCAAAAUUCAGGUGGUAGAGGCCCUGCCUGUGCCUGACGAACUCUCCGGAAGGAUCACCGUGAAGCCAAGCCAGUCCAGUACGGCCAAGCCGCCGAGCAAAGUGCAGGUUGUGGAGGCUGCCCUGCCUGUGCCUGACGAACUCUCGGGAAGAAUCACCGUGAAGCCAAGCCAGUCCAGUACGGCCAAGCCGCCCAGGACCGUCAAUGACGAGCCAAGCCACCCGAUCACCGUCGUCUCCGGCGAGGUCGAAGCCCCUGAGAGGAACCAGAUCCUCAUCGACAUCAUGGUGAGGUCUCUCAUCACCUACCUGAGGGUGGUCAUCAGCAAUGGAUCUUACAUCUUCGGCAUUCCCCCUCUGGACCCCCUCGUGGUGGAAGAGCUGGAGUUUGAAGUACCUGCUCGGCUUAUCAACCUGCUCCUCGGGAUCGAGGGCGGUCUGGUGACCGGCGUCGGCGGCUUCGUGGUGAACAAGAGCAACCUGCGCCUGCGCACCAUGACCUUCGACCUCGACAUCACCGUGCCCAGGAUCUACAUCAGCGCUGACCGCUACAAGCUGCUCGGAGAUCUGUUCACCGCGAUCCCCCUCUACGGAGAUGGAGAAGCUGAGUUCGUAGUGGAGAACCUCCGGCUGAAGGGUCUCCUGCACCUGAAGCAGUCGGAGGACGAGAAGUCCAUCCUCAUCGACUGGAUCGAGAACCCCGCCUUCGAACUACCCUCCUUGAAGGCCAACCUCAACGGAGUGAUCGGCGGAGGCAACAUCGACCACAUCGUCAACGCCAUCAUCAACGAGGUCAUCGUUGACUACGUGAACCGCUUCAGUGGCGCCAUCUCCAAGACCGUGGGCGGUGCCCUCCCGCGCCUCCUCAACCCCCUCCUAGACCAGAUCGACACCUGGCGCUACAUCGAGCGAUGGGUCUAGAUUCUAGAUUACCAUGAAAGCCCUGUCAAUUUGUUUAUCUAUAAAAUAACAUAAGUGCAUUAUGGUUUCGUAACAACGAAUAAAGUUCAGUAAAACUUUCAUAACUUUAUUGAAAUCAAUAAAAAUAAUUUCAAGUAAA